AUGGCAAUGAUUGAUGUCUCGCGGCAGAGGAGAUCGCUCCUCGCGGAUGCGACUGUAUUGGAACAUCUGCCAGCAGAAAUACUGGCCAUUAUCCAAGACCAGUCCUCGACGAAACUGCUAGAUGCUGUUGCAGAGGCAGCUCUUUGCCCGCCACUUACAGAGCGUAUCUUUGCGCAUUUCGAGCAUAUUUUCCCAGACAUUUGUGCUCGAUGGAUCCUCAACCCCGGAAAUGGACAACAACGCAUACGAAUAUACUCAGCGUUAGCUCGAAUUCUACCCUUUGCUCCUUACCUUUCAACAUUUAUUGAAUACGCCUCCUCUACUCCCGAACAAACGACGAACUCACCCUCUCUCCGACUCCCGCCCUUACGGUUAGACCAAAAUGCCAUGGAACAGGAUGGAGAGAUCCUCUUACAGAGCCUCCUUGUUGUGUGGAGGUUAAUCAGCUUCGAUUCGCGCAAUUUUGGCCCAUUGACAUCCGCUGCCUUGAUGCAGACCUUGUUUAAGCAUGAGAGCAGAGCUGUGCGUUAUCUUGCGACCCGGAUUUUCAUCCAACUCCUCCAUGGUUCCGAUUGGAAGCUUGAAUCCCUCAUCCAGGAACAUAUUGGCAAGAGUGAGGCCAUCCUCGCAGACUUUGACGGUCGAUCGAUCGAUUAUGGAUUCCUUUCGCUGUACGAGCAGUCUCGAGUGAAGUCUCUUCUGGCCCUGCGCGAAGAAGUGCAGACCGCCUACGAGGCCGCAGCAGAUGAUUCUCCGCUCACGCAGACCCUCACUCCUUACGUUGUGUGUUAUGGCAACGUUAUUCUGCCCAGACCCCUAGGUCCAACCGGAGAACCCUCCAGCCUUGUCCUCACCCCCACGACUGUCUCAAAUCUUGAGCGAUUGGCGACUAUGCUCCGUGAAUCUGACCCAGUAAUGUUAUAUGGUCUUCCUGGCGUUGGAAAGACGGCCCUUGUUCACGAAAUCGCCAAGCAGCUCGGCAUGUAUUCUAACAUGGUCACAUUGCACCUUAAUGAACAAACGGACGCGAAAAUGCUUAUUGGACUAUACUCGACUGAUUCGAAGCCCGGUAGCUUUCAAUGGAGGCCCGGUGUGUUGACAACAGCUGUGAAGGAAGGCCGAUGGGUAUUAGUGGAAGACCUUGAUCGGGCACCGACUGAGGUCUUGAGCACACUGCUCCCCCUGAUCGAAAGAAAUGAACUACUCAUCCCAAGCAGAGGCGAAAGAAUACAAGCAGCUAGCACUUUCCGACUUUUUGCAACUGUGCGGACGUCUAAGGGGAUGAAUGGCCGAGAGAAUCUGCCAAGCCUAGUUGGCAUUCGUUUCUGGCAAACUCUGAGUACACAAGCCCUUGCGGCGUCUGAACUCGAGGAUGUUGUGGCUCAGACAUAUCCCAUCUUGCGAAAGUUUAUACCUAGCAUUCUGGCAGUGUAUGCUCGUUUGUGUCGUCUUGGCUCAACGCCUGGCGCUUUGGCUCGAGGCCGAAAUAUUAUGGACCGUCAAGUGACAUUGCGAGAUCUGCUCAAAUGGUGCCGACGGUUACGCGAAUGCUUGAUCGCUGCUGGGUCAAAAACGGGAGAAGAGCCAAUCACCAAGACAACAAGCGAUCAGAUGUUCCUGGAAGCUGUUGAUUGCUUUGUUGGAAGUUGCCCUGAUCCUGAAAUUGGCAAACAGCUCAUUAUUGCGAUUGCUGAGGAGAUGCAAUUGCCCAAGGAAUUAGCAGAGCACUACUUCACUACACACAUACCCAAUCUGAAUGAGAGUGACAACCAGUUCAUCAUUGGGCGUGCUGUGUUACGGAAGAAGAAGUUAUCGAACCGAGUUCAGAAACCCAAACGACCCUUCGCUAGCACAGCGCACGCCAAGAAGCUGUUGGAACAGAUUGCCGUAGCUGUCAAGCUAAAUGAACCUGUCCUCCUUGUCGGAGAAACUGGUAUCGGUAAAACAACUGUCGUACAGCAAUUGGCUGAGUCUUUGGGCCAUAAGCUUAUUGCAGUCAACUUGUCACAGCAGAGUGAAGUCGGCGAUCUUCUGGGUGGCUUCAAGCCAGUCAACACUCGGACGUUGGCGAUGCCCCUGAAGGAAGAGUUUGAAGAUCUUUUCUCGGCAACUGGUAUUUCCGUGUCAAAGAACCAAAAGUAUCUUGAACAAGUUGGCAAGUGUUUUGUUAAGGGGCAGUGGUCAAGGGUGUCAAAGUUGUGGAAGGAAGCCCCCAAAAUGUUCAACAAGAUCGUCAAAGAGCUCGAAAGAGUUCAAACUGAGCAAGCAGAGACCAGGAAUGGUGACGAGCAACCGACCAAACGUCGAAAAACCCAGUCAAAGCUCCAGACCCUGCUCGAUCUACGUCCAAGAUGGGAUAUGUUUGCUCGUAAUCUUGAGCAGUUUGAUGUUCAGAUCUCUGGAGGUUCUGGUAGUUUUGCUUUCUCUUUCAUGGAGGGAAAUUUAGUCAAGGCCGUGCGUAACGGUGACUGGGUUCUUCUUGAUGAGAUAAAUCUCGCGUCGCCCGACACGCUUGAGAGCAUCGCGGAUCUCCUGACUGGGCCUGACGAAAGACCAUCCAUUUUACUCUCUGAAACUGGCGAGAUUGAGAAAAUUGAAGCUCAUCCAAACUUCCGCAUUUUCGGCGCGAUGAAUCCUGCGACCGAUAUUGGGAAACGCGACCUCCCAGUGGGCAUUCGCUCCAGAUUUACUGAAGUCUACGUUUCCAGUCCCGAUAAAGACCUUAAGGACCUUCUCACAAUCAUCAAGACAUACCUGGGAAGCAGCAACAGCAAGAAUGAUCAAGCCGCAGAUGACAUUGCCCGUCUCUACAUUAACACCAAGCGACUGGCUGAGGAGAAACGGUUAGUCGAUGGCGCGAAUGAAGUACCUCAUUUCAGUCUUCGAACCCUCACGCGAGUUCUUAGCUAUGUAAACACUAUCGCCCCCUACUAUGGUGUUAGAAGGGCUUUGUAUGAGGGGUUUUCGAUGGGCUUCCUUACCCUCCUUGACCGAGAGUCUGAAAAGAUGCUUAUUCCCCUAAUAUCCCACCACCUUUUCGAGAAACAUGGAAAUCCCCAGUCUUUACUUUCCCAGGCCCCGAAACACCCAAAUGACGGAAAGCAAUAUGUCCGUUUCAAGAAUAAGAACAGAGACAGACAAUACUGGUUGUUCCAGGGCAGCGAAACCCCUAUUGAGCGGGAAGACUAUAUAAUUACCCCUUACGUUGAACGCAACCUGCUGAACCUUGUCCGAGCCACUUCUACAAGGCGAUUCCCCAUUCUGAUUCAAGGCCCUACUUCUGCCGGAAAGACGAGUAUGAUCGAGUACCUCGCAAACUUCACUGGUAACAAGUUCGUGCGAAUCAACAACCACGAACAUACCGAUCUUCAAGAAUACCUGGGCACCUACAUCUCGGGUUCUGAUGGCAAGCUCCGUUUCCAAGAAGGCAUUCUCGUUCAAGCAAUGCGUCAAGGUCACUGGAUCGUACUCGAUGAGCUAAAUUUAGCACCAACUGAUGUCCUUGAGGCCCUGAAUCGUCUUCUGGAUGACAACCGCGAACUUCUGAUCCCCGAAACACAAGAAAUUGUCAAACCUCACGAAAACUUCAUUUUGUUUGCUACUCAAAAUCCUCCUGGUCUUUACGGCGGAAGAAAGGUGCUCUCAAGAGCGUUCCGUAAUCGAUUCUUGGAAUUACACUUUGAUGAUAUUCCCGAAGAUGAGUUGGAGUUUAUCCUUCAGCAACGAAGCCGCAACACCUCUCCUCCGGAUUGCCGCAGAAUUGUCAAUGUCUAUAAGGAACUCUCUAGGCUUCGCCAAACCAGUCGGUUAUUCGAGCAGAAGGACAGUUUCGCGACACUUCGCGAUUUGUUUCGCUGGGCUUUGCGCGAGGCCGAUACCCGCGAGGAGAUUGCCGCUCAUGGAUUUAUGCUAUUGGCCGAAAGAGUCCGUAAUGAAGAGGAGCGUAUCGCAGUUAAGGAGGUCAUUGAAAAGGUCUUCAAAGUGAAGAUCAAUCCCCAAGACCUGUAUUCCGCCACAGUGGCUCCUGAACUGAAGCACUUCACCAGCAAACCCAACGGCCAAGGCGUGGUAUGGACGCACGCGAUGCGCCGACUUUAUGUUCUCGUCUCUCGGGCGUUGCGCAACAAUGAGCCCGUCCUUCUGGUCGGUGAGACAGGGUGUGGAAAGACAACAGUUGUUCAAUUGCUUGCGGAGGCAUUGAAGAAAGAGCUUCAUAUCGUCAACGCUCAUCAGAAUACUGAGACUGGUGAUUUGAUUGGUUCACAAAGACCUGUCCGUAAUCGUGGAGCCAUUGUCGAUGCUCUGGAUGUGGAUUUGAAGUCUGUUCUGCAAAGCCUCGAUUUGGAUGUCUCUGGCUCUGUGGAAGAUCGCCUUGACCGAUACAAAGCACUGGAUCUUUCAGUCACCAGCGACAUUCCCCAGGAGGUUAAAGAACGUAUCACUGUAAAUGAGACGCGAAGCAAGGCUCUGUUCGAAUGGGCAGAUGGAAGCUUGGUUGAGGCCAUGCGGGAAGGCCAUUUCUUCCUCCUGGAUGAAAUUUCCUUGGCCGAUGACUCAGUACUGGAGCGUCUGAACUCUGUACUCGAGCCCUCGAGGACACUUCUUUUGGCCGAGAAGGGCAUAGACAACUCUUUUGUUGUCGGAGCAGAUGGCUUCCAGUUCUUCGCUACUAUGAAUCCUGGUGGCGACUUCGGAAAGAAGGAACUGUCGCCCGCGCUACGAAAUCGAUUCACCGAGAUCUGGGUUCCAACUUUGUCUCGGACCGAGGAUAUUUAUGAGAUUGUCAAGACAAAGCUUCAUGGCGACUCCAAGCAACUGGUUGAAAUUGUGGUCAAGUUCGCUGCAUGGUUCGGGGAUACCUUCAGAUCUAUGGCAUCAGCACCAUUCUCCGUCAGAGAAAUCCUCGUCUGGGUACACUUUAUCAAUACUUUUCGGACCGGCGAGCCUAUUGUUUCCUUGGUUCACGGUGCCUCUACAAUCUUUAUCGAUGGCAUAGGUGCAAACCCUUCUGCUCUUCUAGCCACAGAUCCCAAGUCUCUGGGCCAACAGCGCCAGAAGUGCCUUGAUAAGCUAAGCGAACUCAUCGGCAAGGAUGUGUCUGGCGUUUACGAAACUCAUCCGGAGCUCUCCAUGGAUGGUAAUUCUCUAACAAUCGGGCACUUCAGCAUACCUCGUGCUUCCGCAGGCGUCGCUGAUCCUGGUUUCGCUUUCCAUGCACCCACCACUCGUCUGAACGCUAUGCGAGUCCUUCGUGCAUUGCAAAUGCAGAAACCAAUUCUUCUCGAAGGCAGCCCCGGUGUAGGAAAGACGACUCUGGUUGCCGCUCUUUCUCAGGCAUGUGGGCAGCCAUUGACCAGAAUCAAUCUGUCUGAUCAAACCGAUUUGAUGGAUUUGUUUGGUACAGACGUCCCAGUUGAAGGAGCAGAAGCUGGCAAUUUUGCUUGGAGAGAUGCGCCGUUCCUGCAGGCUAUGCAGAAGGGCGAAUGGGUACUCUUGGAUGAAAUGAAUCUUGCAUCUCAGUCUGUCCUGGAAGGUUUGAACGCCUGUCUCGAUCAUCGAGGCGAAGUUUACAUCUCCGAGCUAGACCAAGUCUUCAAACGCCAUCCAGACUUCCGCCUAUUUGCAGCCCAAAACCCUCAUCAUCAAGGCGGUGGUCGAAAGGGAUUGCCCGCCUCUUUCGUUAAUCGUUUUAUCGUUGUGUACGCUGACGUCUUCUCGGACGAUGAUCUGAACUUGAUCGCAGCACACAACCACCCCAAUAUCUCUCCAUCAGUGAUCAGCCAACUUAUCCAAUUUGUGUCUCAGCUGGAUUACAAGCUUGCAGUUGAGAAGUCAUUCGGAACUCAAGGGAGUCCUUGGGAAUUCAACUUACGCGAUGUGCUUCGCUGGUUAAAACUUCUAGACUCGUCUGAUCCACUGCUUCAGAACGCCUACGCUGAUGACUUCCUCGAUAUUAUUGUGCGACAACGUUUUAGAACGGAGCGAGAUCGUAAGGAGGUCAACGACCUCUUUACUCUCAUCUCUGGGUCUAUGCCAAGACGACAUAGCUUGUAUCAUGAUAUUAACCCAUUGUUCGGACAAGUCGGUAUGGCAUUACUUGACAGACACCCUCAUUCACAGCCAGAGCGACUGCCCAAUAUUGAUAUUGUCCCCCGGCUGUCUGAGCUUGAGUCAAUCAUGAUUUGCGUCAAACAGAAUGUUCCCUGUAUCUUGAGCAGUCCGUCAGGCUAUGGUAAAACUGUUCUUCUGGAACAUGUUGCGGCUUUGGCCGGAAAGUCACUUGUGGUGUUUCCAAUGAACGCUGACAUCGACACGAUGGAUCUUGUUGGUGGCUUCGAGCAGGCGGACCCUCUCCGGGAGGUCAACGCGGUACUCCGGGCCCUUCAGCGGGAUCUUCAGAAUAAUAUCAUGUCGGCCGUGCCUGAUGAUAUUCCAAUUGAAGCCCUUCAACUACUUCAUUUGCUCGAUGGAUUUACUGGCGACGUCGACUCUCUUCCCCCGAUCACCACCUCUGUAAAACACCUACUUGGCAGUGUACCUGCAGACUCUGAGGUGGCAACUGCAUUGUCAAAGGCGCUUACUACCCUCCAGCAUUCUUUAGUGCUAGAGAAUCCCCGUUUCGAAUGGUUGGAUGGUGUUAUCGUUAAGACACUACAAUUAGGUCAAUGGUUGGUUCUUGAUAACGCGAACAUGUGUAACGCCUCAGUACUGGAUCGAUUGAAUUCUCUCCUCGAACCGAAUGGAUUUCUGAGUAUCAAUGAGCAUUGCGGACCCGGCGGAGAGCCAAGAGUCGUACGCCCCCAUCCAGACUUCAGGAUCUUUUUGACGAUGGACCCACGCUACGGCGAACUCUCUCGCGCGAUGAGGAACCGCGCUGUUGAAAUUCACAUUCACACACCACCGCCAUCCCUUGACCCAUCUUAUCACCGGGUCGUUUCCGAUACUGUUUUUAACACCGAGGGAUCCGUUGAGGUCAUCGAGCGGGCUCUUGAGACACUCUCGAUUGCUGAUUUGCCUGUUCUGCCUCGGUUUACGGGCACUCUAUCCAACCAUGACACACAUAGCAGGGGAUUAAGCUCUGCAGUAACAGAAUUGCUCAGCUUCCUGAACUCAAGUAAUGGGGCUGAUGGUGUCAAUGGAAUUUCUCAUCUAUACAGCUCUUUGCCCAUUCCCGAGGGACUCAAACCUGCGCAACCUUUGCAUCCUCUCAAUAACUUCCCUAUCGCCCAGCUUUCAUCUGCACCAGACCAAACACGAUGGCUUGGUGCAUGCUUGGAGUUUUAUCAUGAGCUCAAUCGUCUGCAGAAUUCAAUUGAGGACCAGCGAUGUCAGGCUCAGGUCAACAAGUUGACUGCUCUCAACCGACUCCAAAGAUCAUUGAUAAGCGACCGUGUCGCUGCCGUGUCCAAGGAUGCCACUGUCAAGCUAGCUUCCUUCUUGCUGUCCGCAAUCGACGCGGCAAAGGAAUGGCUCGGCUUCAAAUUUGAGUCUCUCGAAAAAUGGAUGGAGCGAGUCCGCAUUUUGAGGGGCAUCCUGUGCUAUCUCAAGAGGACCAUCCGUCUUGGUAUUGAAUCCGACUUUGACGAAGCAAAAUUUCAAGCACACCUUGCUCAAGGUGCAAACUUCCUUCAAAAACAUUUGGAUGCAUCGAUUGGGUCUCAAGAAAAAGAAUUCGUCUCUCUGCUAAUCGAGCGGCUUGGCAAAGACUUUACUGCUGGUUUCAGAUUAUCAACUGGCCUAAGCAUGGAGUUGCUUUGGCACCUUUUCAGACCCACUCCUUUGCCUACGAAGAUGAUUCUGGAUCGCACAAUAGAACUCGAGAAACUAGGCUCAAGAUUCGAUGCAUUGCGAUGGAAGGCUGGAGCAUCAAUUUCUGAUCUCACAAAAGCUAUGACUACACUGGAAAAGGCUUCUGGAAUUCUCCGUGGGGACGCUCCGAAUGUCGACAGCCUCCUACAGGACCUUGCUACUGAAAUUCAGUCUCUGGAGAGUCGGAUCGGGGUCGACGAGGUUGAACGUAAGCCUUUUAUGAUGGAAGAGUUUGAAGCACUCCGCCAGGUUUCAAUGCUCAAAUCUUUGCCCUCGGGUGACGCAGAGCUUCAAGUGUUGUCCGAUAUACCUACACAGGCAGGGAUGAUGUUGGCCAGCUCUAAUCUCCAAGCCGCGCUUCUUCAAUCGGUGGAGAACUUAGUCUACCAGAACAAAUUCUCUUGGGAUGGCAAAUUUGUUUCUUGUCUCUGGGACAAACUGCAAAACCUAGGAUCUGUCAAUCUUGGUUCAUUAGCUCUUCUUGAAACCGAGCUUCCAAUCGCUGGGCGACAGAUCAUGAAACUGAGUGCGGAUGUGGUGGCAAACCCCCUGACACGGCUCAACAAUGUUCUGUCUCAGCUUGUCCUUGAAGUUUUCAGCGCCCAUAACCAGAAUCUCAAGGAUGCUGUCAUUGAGGCCGCCCAGCUGGCUUCCCAAGACCUUACCCGCAGCUCUCGUGCUUUCGAUGAUCUGGCGCCCCGGAUCGAGACAGAUCACUUCCGCGAAAUUGCAGUCGAGCAUCUCAUCCCGGCUCUUAAGGCUCUUGCAACUUUACAAUACGAUAGUCAGCGAGAAGCCCAACUCUCAGCCUUUGCAUGGAUUCAUUUCAGCAUCGGAACCGUCAAGCUGUACGUUCCGGAUCGCGUUUUUGAUCCGCAAAGUCGACCCAAGAUGGAGCGCGAAUUCCUUCAAGAGAUGCAUACUGCCCUCAAUAGGGAAGCAGACUCGCUGAGGAAAUUUGAGAAGCAUUUUACUGGACAAGACACGAAUGAACGCAUUCGAUUGCUCGAAGCAGAGUCUGCGGCCUUGGGCCCCCUUCCCGAAGAGGUCCGCGCUAUCUACAGACCAGAUCAAUCAGAGCUAAACCGCAUCCACGCUGAAUUCUCAAACAUUCUAAAAGCAGUCACAGGUCCUACAUUGUCCGCGGCACUUCAAAUUCUCGACAAAGAUCCGGCCCGAGCAACCGAGGAGUUGCAGCUUGUCAAGGAAAAUGUUCUCAGACUCUUGGAUCGACUUUCUGCUCGUUUUGAGGCAUAUCAAGACAUGACUCGGCCCACGUCAAACCUGCUUCGUUGCCUCAUGAUAGGGCUCUCCCUUUGUGACGCUGCUUCAGCCCAAAGCCUGGCACCUGCUUCUUACCAGCUUCUCGAGGUUACUCCUUUCCUUGGUGGCAGUAUGUGGAAUCAACUGGAUGGACAAUUUUCGUCCAGAACAUUUGAGUUUCUCAACUACAUGUCAGUGGUUGCUAGCAUUGAAGGCAUCGACAAUAUUGAACAAGAAGCCCGCGAGAUGGUGUUCAGAAGUUUCCACAAUUUGUUUGACGAAUGGACUAGGCGACUCGAAGUAGACCGCAAAGAACAAACCGCCAAGGGGAGCCUGUAUCGCUUUCGAGGUUCUCUGGAAGAUGAGGAGCAAGUUGAUGCCGAGGAGUUCAAUGAGCUCUUUCCGACUUUCGAUGAAGACGAAGCCGCAAAUGUCCCAACCAACAAGAAGCCGGAUGAAGUCCGCGAUCAGUCACUUCGAGUGGCCGAAAUUCACAAGAGUCUCUUCCUCAACCCGCCGCAAUUUACUACGGCUUUAAAGGAUGCCUGUAAAUCUGUGGGAGACAGAAUUACUUCAGAAACCAUCGACCACAAAAACAUUGAUCGUAGUCUGACAAGCAAGAUGUUGGCCGGAACCAUGUUCUUCUUGAAUGACAAGCUUGAUUCUCUUGUAUCACCGACCGUGGACAAAUCCUACAACUUUUACACAGAUGCCAACGUUCCUGAAGCCCGCCAGCUCGUUGUCCUCAUGCACAAAAUAAAGUCUCGGUUCCGCGAGCUGCAAAUGGUCGACGAAAUCGGACAUAUGCAGCCCUUGGCUGAUGUCAUUCAUGCUUGCGAACAGGUCCUCGAACUUGUUCAUACCGAACCUUUGGCCAAGAUUCUUCCCAAGGUUGAAUACCUCCACAGCCACGUAUACGAAUGGCAAUUCGGCGGCUGGGCUAGUAAAAUAUAUGGUGUUCUUACUCUUCAUAACCUGCUUACGGAUACGGUCAUCCGCUGGCGACGAUUGGAACUCUCAACUUGGGCCAAUCUCUUUGAUAUGGAACAGAAGAAGUGUCAAGAUGAUGCUUACUCUUGGUGGUUCGUUGCUUAUCAAGUUGUUAUCGCUGUGCCUCUGUCUUUGGUCGAGGUUAGCGACGAGUUGCAGGAAUAUGCUUCCUCUCUCAUCUCAAGUCUGGAGAUGUACUUCUCGACCGCAAUUGUUGGGCAAUAUGGAGCUCGAUUGGCAUUGCUGCGUCAACUUCAGAGUCAUCUCAAGCUAUUGACUGAAGAUUACCCAGUACUUCAACUUAUUUUGCAUGCGUUGUCCAACUUCAUCCAGUACUAUUCCCGCUACGAGAAGAUUAUGGAUGAAACUAUCUGCAAAGGACGCCUUCCCAUUGAGAAGAAGAUGAAGGAUGUACUGCUAAUGGCUAGCUGGAAAGACACAAAUAUCAAUGCACUCCGGGAAAGUGCUCGCAAGUCUCACCAGAAGCUUUUCCGAAUCAUCAGAAAGUUCCGCGGCGUUCUUGGCCAGGAAGCAAAACAAAUUAUUGAACAAGGUUUACCUGAUCAAGACGUCCACCACGCAAACUAUGUAGGAGAUAGAUCUCCUAUUAUGGAUGUUUCUGCGGACGCGUUUUCUAAGCUUAACAGCGCUCUGCCAGGGUGGACCGAUGGCCACAAGCGCCUUGCCAACGUCUCUAAAACUGUCUCUGUCAUGCGAAAGAUCUCACACAAUCCAGAGAUGACAAGCCAGGUACCUCAAAUUGUUGAUGACUACGUCUCUAGCCUGAGCGAGUCAAUGGCGGAACUUCGCAAAGAGACACCGCCGUUUUUGACCGAUGAGAACAAGGACCAAGUCAAGCAUUUGAAGACAAGAAAGAGGAAACUGUUUGCAGAUACCUUGCGCGAUCUUCGGCAAAUGGGUUUCAAGCACAACCUAGGACAGGACAAGCUUGCGGAGCAGGCAUCACUAUCAGUUGUGUUGUCGUCAAUACAACCUGUGCAACUUCCUUCGCACAAUUCUACCGAAGCCAUGGACUAUCACUUGCACAAGAUUCUUGAUUUAAUCCCCAAGGUCAGGGCUGCUUCUCGAGACCAUUCUGAGGAUCUUACCAGUGCCGAGGUUGCGCGAAGUGCUGGAUUUGUUGAAGGAAUGCUCAGCCUUUUACUGACUCAGAGACAUUCGAUCACAUCUGGUGCCUCCUCCUUAUCACUUCUUGGACAAUCCAUAAAACAAUUCAGCGGCCUUGGAAUUUCUGAUGAGCACGAACUUCUCAUUCGUAAGACAGCAGUCUCUGACUGGAAACGUCUUGUCCCUUGGCUUGUUCAGAUUCUCCAGCAUGCCAUUCGUUUGAUUGAAAUCCACGAGAAGCUUGGGGAAAUCAAGCACACGGCGGCGAUAGAACAGCUGAAGUUGUGGCAUGGGCGAUUCGAGUCUCUCCAUACUCUGAAUGCUGGGUUGGGUCAACUUCCAGAUGGUGUGUCUUCCGAAGCAGCUGCUCGUGCUGAGGCGAAUUUCUCGAGUGAAUUGGCUAGUUUCCGCGCCGACCUCGAAGAGUUGAAUACGGAGCAGCCGGAACUCUCCUUCAUUCUUCUCCAAAUUGUUGGCUGGACCAAGAUUACAAGAGAAGCCGCGCCCAGCCUUACAUCUGACGACAUGGAAAUCACCACUUUUGCAAAUGCUGUCUCGACACUUUGUGACAAAAUCCUGGUCGCAAUUGAGAGCGUGAAGAAAGCCGCGAAGGGAACUGAUUAUAGAGAGGACGAACCUUCUUGGCUCACCAGUCACGCCGACGGCUUCGUAAAUCUCUUUGCAAAACUCCGUACUACCGAGAUCGAGAGGAGUGUGGCCAGCUGUAUCGAGAUGUUGAAGCAGAUUCAUCUCGAAGAACCGAGUCUCAGCCAAGCGGCUAUGAGUCUCAUGACGAUCGCAUGUCCUGUCCUGAAUGAAUACGUUAAUCUCGCUCAGCAGACCUUGAUGCAAGUUGUCGAUAUCCACAGCGCCAUAGCACACAUGUCCUAUAGCAUGACCAAGACGUUCACUCAAAUUUCCUCUCAAGGGUUCUGUACACCACAAGAAAAGUCUGAUGAAACCUCUGGCGAUUCUGGCAAAGUGGAGUCUGGAACUGGUCUUGGUGACGGUGAAGGGGCCGAAGACAUCAGCAAGGACAUUCAGCCUGACGAGGACUUGUCCGAGCUUGCCCAAGAAGCUAACAAGGAGGAGAACGGCGAAAUGGAAGACGAAAAAGAUGCGGUGGAUAUGGCUGAUGAGGAGCUCGAAGGAGACAUGGGCAGUGUUGAUGGGGCCGAUGAUGAUGAUGAGGGUUCGAAGAAUGGAGAUGAGGAGGAGGAGGAGGAGAACGAUAUGGAUGAAGAAGCUGGAGAGGUCGAUGACCUAGAUCCCACUGCCGUUGACGAGAAGAUGUGGGAUGGAGAGGACGAAGAAAAGGCUGAUAAAGACCAGCAGGGUGAGAAGGCCAAGGGCCAGAAGAAGGACGACGAACAGAUGGCAGCAGAUGAAGAUGCGAAGAAACAGGAGGGCGAGGAGCAGCCAGAUGUUGACGACUCUGGUGAAAAAGACGCAGAAGAAGAGGAAGCUGGUGCCGAAGAAGAAGAAGUCAAAACCCAAGAGGAAAUGAAUAAGCAAGAUCAAACCGCCCAAGAGAAUGAUACACUGGCGCUUCCUGAGGAUAUGGAGUUGGAUCUCGAUGACGAUCAUGAGUCGGCGUCAGAUAGCGAUGACUUGGAUGGUCUUUCGGAUAUCGAAGAAGAGAAGAAGGAGGGAGAGGACCAGGAGAUGAGUAACGAGGAGGAAGAUGAAUUAGAUGACGCUGCGGCCCAAGCCCAGCUUCAAGAAGAGGCCGGAGAAGAGACCGAAAUCCAGGAAGACGAAGAGAUGCCAGAAGAAAAGGCCGGUGGCAAAGAUGAAGUUGACGAGGAGGCCAAACCUGAGGAAGACGAAGAGGACAAGGAUCAGGAGGAUGCUACAGAUCAGAAUCAACCGCCUCAAGAUAACGCUACCGCUGAUACCGACAACGCUGCACCAAGCGAUGUCAAGAGUUCUGGCCAGGAUCAGAAUGCUGACUCGAUGGAUGUCGACGAUAACUUCCAAAGCAACGCUGCCCAGCAGGAGGAUGGUGAGAUGGGAGAGGGAGCUGCGGAUCAGGACACAAGCGCAGGGAACAAGGGAUCAACUUCGCAGUCAAAGGAGAUCAUGGAUAGGGCCGAGCAGGAACAGGAAAAGGCGGAUUCGGCACGCAGUGAUCCUUUCAAGAAGCUCGGCGAUGCACUUGAACGCUGGCAUCGACAGCAGGAAGACAUCAAGGACGCCGAGUCUUCAGACGCCAAUGAACAGAACGCACCACAAGAACCGAGCGCCGAUCAAGGUCGUAAGGAAUUCCAGCACUUACAGGACGAUGAGACUGCUACAGACACCCAGGCCAUGGGAACUGCGGAUGAUGAGCAAGUACAGCCCAUCGACGAGUCUAUGGCCAUCGAUGAGGAGAGGAAAGAUCCUGCAAGCCGCCUUAUGGAUGAUGACAAAGAAGAGACCGAACAGGAUCUCGAUAAGAUGGACACAGCUGAUUCGGGAGAGGUGCCGGAUGCCAGUAAGCAAGAUGCAGAUAAUGACCAGGACGAAACGCGCUCAGGGGUCAAGACACGCCAAGGCAACUAUGACCGUCAGUUCAGUCCUUCAGAUCAGGAGGCGCAAUUGGAUGAACAGGAAGAUGAGGUCGAGAUUCAGGAGACAUCGACUCAGCUCUCUUCAACUCACAUCUCGGACGAAGAACGGCCACUCCGAGAUUUCGGCGAGUCGAUGCAACAGUGGGCUGAAUUCCAGACCAAAACACAUUCACUCUCUUUGGCUUUGACAUCCCAACUCCGGCUUAUCCUUACCCCUUCACAAUCGACCAAACUCUCGGGAGCUUUCCGUACAGGGAAGCGACUCAACAUCAAACGCAUCAUCCCUUACAUUGCAUCGAGCUAUAAGCGGGAUAAGAUCUGGAUGCGUCGCAGCAUCCCGACUAAACGUACCUACCAGAUACUGCUUUGUGUGGAUGAUAGUAAGAGUAUGGGUGAAACAUCAUCAGGUAUUCUGGCCAUGGAGUCUCUCGUCAUGGUCUCACGAUCACUUACCAUGCUAGAAGCUGGCCAGGUUGGCGUCAUGGGCUUUGGAAGUGACGUUUUCACAGCCCAUGGCUUAACCGAGCCCUUUGCUGCAGAUGCUGGAGCCAAGGUGUUGCAGAAGUUCAACUUUUCUCAAGAUCGUACCGACAUUGCACUUCUCAUCCAACGGACCAUCGAAACGUUCAGACUUGCACGACAACAGGGCAGCGGCAACUCGGAUCUCUGGCAAUUGGCACUGAUUCUCUCGGACGGCCUUACGCCUUCAUCAGCCCACGAGGGCAUCCGUCGAAUGCUGCGGGAGGCGAUGGAGGAGCGCAUCAUGAUUGUGUUUAUCAUCAUGGAUGAUACGGGCAAGAAGAAGGGCGACAGCGUACUUGAGCUGAAGGAGGCCAAGUUUGUUCGGGACGGCGGAGAAAGCAAAGUCGUCAUCGAAAGAUACUUGGACACGUUCCCAUUCCAGUACUACCUAAUCGUCCAUCAUCUUGAAGAGCUGCCAAGCGCCCUGGCUGGUCUCUUACGAACAUGGUUUGCUGAAGUUAACGCCUAG